AUGUACGUCACACUCUAUAACCUAGUCACCCGCCUCCCUGACUCCCUUCGCACUGUCAAGGACCACUUUCUCGCCCUCUCCCCUACCAACCUCACUGUCGACCUGCUCGAGAAGGAACUCCUAGCAGCUGAGAAGAGUUUUGUAGCUGUAGGUGCCUCUCGUGGCGACCCUCGCGCCCCCUUCUUUGAGGGGUGCUCCCCCGUCCCCCUCCUCCCCUCCAUAGCAUCUGCUGCUGCUGUCGACUACCUUGGUGCUGAGGGGGUCGGGGCUGCGUCUGCUCCUAGUGGGAGGCGCAAGGGCGGCAGGGGCAAGGGGGGCAGGGGUGGCGGAGGUGGCGGCGGGGGCGGCGGUGGUGGGAGUGGCGCUAGUGGUGGGGGGGUCAGUGGCGGAGCCGGGGGUGGUGGAGGCGGCGGUGGUGGGGGUGGCGGGGGUGGUGGUGGCAGUGGUGGCGGCAGUGGAGCUGGUGGUGAACGCGGUGGAGCGGUGCAGCGUGGGGGGUUUGGUGGUAGCCACAGGCAGCAGCAGCAGCGUCCUAGCGAGACCCCGUCGCCCCAGCAGCUCCAUGAGUGGUACUCUCAGCGUGGGGGGUCUGGGGGUGAAGGUACCUGCCCGUACGUCAUCCGCAUGGGUGACCGCACUGGCCAGACCUGUGGGAGGUUUCACACGGCGGAGCGCUGCUUCUUUCGUCUCGACGACGCCUGGCGCAAGCAGUUCCCCGACGCCUCUGAGCUGCCCUGCUGGGCUGAUAUGCUUAAGAAGGGAAUUGAUAUCUUUGCUCUUGAUUAUGAUGCUAUCCUUGGUGCUAUGUAUGCAUUGACUAAAAGUGUUGAGGGUGACUGCUACCUGAGUGUAUCGCCCGACCCGGGUAUUGGGACCAGUGAGACUGCCACUCUAGUGUAG